GCGGCGCUCGUCUUAAAGGAGCAGGCGCCGGCCCGCGUGUCUGCACAAAUGGUCGCCGCGGCACAGGCGCGUUAAAGGCAGUGGGCAGUGGAGCGGCCGGUGCAGGCGAGGGCGCGACCGAGAGGUCGGGUAGGGCCCGCCGGUUGCCGGGGGCGGGGUCGUCCCGACCACUCCUAGCUCGGAGCCCCUGUUCCGGGUUCUGUAGAAUGGGGACGCCAGUCCCGGCGGCAGCCGCCUUGAGGAGGAAGUGACGACGCGACAGGGCCGGCCCCGCCGUGGGAAAGUCCCGCGGCCCGGGACCCGGGGCCGCCGCGGGCUUCAGCUGGACAGGGCUUCAGCUGGACAUGGCUGAGCGGGACCCCGGGGGCGUCAGCCCCGUGCAGCACAUGGUGGCCUCCGGUGCGGGGGCGGUGGUUACCUCGCUUUUCAUGACACCCCUGGACGUGGUCAAGGUCCGCCUGCAGGCCCAGCGGCCCUCGGGGGCCUGUGAGCUGCCCCCUCCCUCUCGAUUCUGGAGAGUCUCCUACACCAAAUGGAAGUGCCUGCUGUACUGCCACAACGUCCUCCAGCCCCUCUACCUGUGCCCCAAUGGCGCCUGCUGCAGCCCCUGGUUCCAGGGUCCCACCCGCUUCACAGGCACCAUGGAUGCCUUUGUGAAGAUCGUGAGGCAUGAGGGCCCCCGGACCCUGUGGAGCGGCCUCUCGGCCACUCUGGCCCCCGUUCACUCUGUGCCCACUGCCAGGGUGAUGACUGUGCCGGCCACUGCUAUCUACUUCACGGCUUACGACCAGCUCAAGGCCUUCCUGCGCCAACGAGCCCUGGCCUCCGAGCUGUGUGCACCCAUGCUGGCCGGCGCGCUGGCCCGCUUGGGCACCGUGACCGUGGUCAGCCCCCUGGAGCUGCUGCGCACCAAGGUGCAGGCCCAGCACGUGUCCUACCGCGAGCUCGGUGCCUGUGUCCGUGCUGCGGUGGAGCAGGGGGGCUGGCGCUCCCUGUGGCUGGGCUGGGGCCCCACCGCCCUCCGCGACGUGCCCUUCUCAGCACUCUACUGGUUCAACUAUGAGCUGCUGCGGAGCUGGCUGUGCGACCCCCGCACCCGGGACCAGACGUCUGUGGGCAUCAGCUUCGUGGCCGGUGGCAUCUCAGGGACCGUGGCUGCCGCCCUCACCCUGCCCUUUGACGUGGUGAAGACGCAGCGCCAGGUGGCGCUGGGAGCCGUGGAGGCUGUGAGAGUGCGCCCACCACAGGCUGACUCCACCUGGCUGCUGCUGCGGAGGAUCCGGGCCGAGUCGGGCACCAGGGGCCUCUUCGCAGGCUUCCUCCCCAGGGUCAUCAAGGCUGCGCCAUCCUGUGCCAUCAUGAUCAGCACCUAUGAGUUCGGCAAAAGCUUCUUCCAGAGGCUCAACCGGGAGCAGCUACCCAGCCGCUGAGGCUCGGAAGUGCUGGCCAGUGCCUUCUCCGCCCACGUAGGGCUCCUCCCCUCCCAGGCCUCUCGGCCUGUGCCCCAAGCUCCAGACCAAAUCUCCCCCGACACACACCCCCCUUGUGUUUGCUGCCCCAGCCCCCAGGAGCUGACAGCCCUCAACGCCUUCGUCCAGCUGUGCAUUCCCUUUCUAAAGAUGAUGAUGAACUUUGUGUGCA